UCUCUCUCUCUCUCUCUCUCUCUCUCCUUCCUUUGAGCUCUCGCGAUGGAGCAUUCGAAGGCGAUCCUCGCGGCUCCCGCCCCCUCUGAAACCCUAGCCGCUUCCCAAGGCGAAUCCCUCAUCUCAGCUCUCCUUUACGAUGUGUCUCAACAGGUACAAGGAGCUAUUCAGAACAUGCUUAAGAUGACCAGUGAGAUCGAACAAAGCUCUUGCGAGAUAAUGGAAGAGAUCAAGAAAUGCAAGGAGUCCGUGGCCGUUAGAAAUAACAUCUUAGAGGAGGAGAGAGACCGUUUCAAGAAAGCCGCAAUGGCUGUGUUGGAAAUGCUUAAUGGAAGUGAGGCGCUUUGAGAGGUUUGCAUCUUCACUCAUUUUGCAGCAUAGUAGUUGUGGCUUUUAGUUGUAUAGCAUCUCAGUGAUUCCUUCCUGUGAAUUUUGAAUAUUGUGAGUAUUGGUUUGGCUUUGUAACAGACUUAAAUUUUACUUAGCUCACAUGUUGUUCUCUUAAUUGGAUGCUAUUCACAGACAGAGAAUGUGAAGAGUUUGAUAAGAACAAAAGGUGACAAACAAUCUUUUGAUCCUGUUGGCAUAUAUUAAUAAAGAUUAAUACAUCAACUCACUAUGAAUUAUUUUUGCAUGAGGAUAAUUGUUUUAUGUUGUUAUAAACGGUGAUAACAUUGAAAGAUUAAUGUGAAUUAUUUGUAUGUCAUAUAAAUGCUCCAAGGUAGGAACUAGGAAAUGUAGUUGCUUACACUCACGGCCUAAUUGUUUCUCUCAGAUGGUAGGCAAAUAUAAAGCUCUGUUAUACUUGAUUAUUUUUACUUUGUUUCUCUGAGAUGAGUUUAGCUGAAUAGAUCAGAUUAUCGAUUCUUCUUUUGCCAUCUUUCUCUUUUCCAAUUUUUAGGAGCAAAUAUUUUCUUUAUUGCCUAAUACAACACAGGAUGUUUCCCAUGCCAAUCGUAAAAUCUAGGCAUUACAAAUGGCACCUUCUCUAGUAGAGGAUUUCCUUUGUUUCCUUUAGUUUGCUGGCAUUACUAAGAUAUCUUUUCCUUCUCGCUGAGCAAGCUUUUUGGUUUUUGUGAAUAAGUAAUGAUAAAUCAUUAGAAUUAACAAGAGCAUUUUACGAAAAGAUUGAGCAUGCUUGUACUCAAGUACUUGAACAUUGAAACCAAUGC